CCGGGCCGGGCCGUGCCGUGCCGGGCGGGCGGAGCUUUCCCGUCCGUCAGGGGGCAGCGAUGGGGGCGCAGCUCAGCACGUUGAGUCGGGUUGUAACAUACCCAAUAUGGCUCAUCUACACCACCAUCCUGAGGCUUUUCAGGAAUCCCCAUCCUGCAAUUACUCUGAAGGAUCCUGAAGUGAAGUAUGCAUUGAGGCUGAUUGAUAAGGAGGAAGUUAGUCAUGACACAAGAAGAUUUCGAUUUGCUCUCCCUUCCAUAGAUCACGUUUUGGGUCUCCCCAUAGGGCAGCAUAUCUACCUGUCUGCACGGAUUGAUGGAGCACUGGUUGUUAGACCCUACACUCCAGUUUCCAGUGAUGAUGACAAGGGCUUUGUGGAUCUUGUUGUCAAGAUCUACUUUAGAAAUGUCCAUCCGAAGUUUCCUGAUGGAGGGAAGAUGUCUCAAUACUUAGAAAGCCUGAAAAUAGGGGAUACUAUUGACUUCAGAGGACCAAGUGGCCUACUUGUCUACAAAGGAAAAGGCGAGUUUGCUAUUCGGCCUGAAAAGAAAGCUGAACCAGUUUCUAAGAAAGUGAAAUACGUGGGGAUGAUUGCAGGAGGGACUGGGAUCACACCUAUGCUGCAGAUUAUUCGAGCAAUCAUGAAAGACAAAGAUGACCCCACCGUUUGUCAGCUGCUGUUUGCUAAUCAGACUGAGAAGGAUAUCCUGUUACGUUCCGAGCUGGAGGAGAUCCAGGUUCAGAAUCCCGGUCGCUUCAAGUGUUGGUACACACUGGACAAAGCACCUGAAAACUGGGAUUACAGCCAAGGAUUUGUGAACCAAGAGAUGAUCAGAGACCACCUGCCCCCACCUCAAAAUGAUGUUCUGAUCCUCAUGUGUGGACCUCCUCCAAUGAUCCAGUAUGCUUGCCUUCCCAACCUGGACAAACUGGGCUACACCAAGGACAUGAGGUUCUCCUUCUAGAGAAGACUGGUAAUUCAGUGAUCUUGUGCAGAAGGGAAGGAAAAACUAAUGGGGAACAGGAGAAAGUUACAGAGAUGGCUGAUGCACAGUGCUGGGAAGCUACAUUUACAUUAAAAAUGCUUAUUAAUUUUUUUUUCUGAAUCUCUGGCAAGUAAGACACUUAAGCUCAACUGUACUAAAGCUGUACUGUAUGUUGCACAGAAACAACUGUAUUAGGGAAAAGUGGUGAGGCCUAGUGCUCAGCUGGCUCCAUCCCAAGGGAGGACAGUAGAGCUGCUUAGGGCAGCAAACGCUCAUUUACACUUUUUCCUAGCACUGUAAUCAAAUGGCAGUAAUAUCCUACUUCCUAACACUGUGCAUACGUGGUAUUUUAUUUGGUUAGAAGUACAAAAAUACCUAGAAUGUGCUGGAUUAUUCACCUUGCCUAUGCCAAAUUUUAAUCCUUACAGUGCUGUUACAGUAGGAGGGCCAGGAGCCUUUGCCUCGUGUGCAUUAUCUUUGCAACAUCAGAAACUUGAAGAUGCUUGUUAGGUUGAAGGAUGACAAUGAACCUCUUAGGACUGAAGUUGUUCAAGCUGCCUUGUUAAUCAGAGAGGUAGAUGGCAAUACAAAAUUAGUUGCCUUUGUAUUAUGGAAUAGCAUCUCUUAGGUGCAAACACUUUUCCAGCUGGUCAUUGUUCACAUCCCUGGGCAAUGAAAGAAACUACAGGAUGCAGGUGGCUUUGUGCACUGCUCCACAAGUACCUGGAAUUCUUUGCUUGUAUGUGUGUGGAAUACUGAAAAAAACCAACAAAGCAACUAACUUUUGAAUUUACUUUUAAAUAGUGGAUGGUGCCAGCGGAAUACAAAAGCAGUUGUUCUCCAUGCUCUUUGCAGUGACAAAAAUGCUGGGUGAAGACAGGAUCUAGUUUAAGUUUCUUGUUUUCCCAGAGGUGGCUUUGGAACAAAGUGAGCUGAGGUUCAUUGCCAGGGUGGGUUUCAGCAGGUGGCCCAGCCUGGGAGGAAGCAGUGUGCAUGCAGUCAGGGAACUCUCCUGCCUGUCUUGCUUAGGCAAAGCUCCAAAGGGGUUUGCCUGCUAAGGGUGCAUGGGAACAGCCUUAAGUCACCAAACUGACAGCAAAUUGAAAUGUCUUACCUAAUCUAAAUGUUUCCUAGAUACUGUUUACUACAGCUCUGAUUUAUUUUUUUAAUAUACUUUUUUUUUUUUACAGCAGCCUUUUACCUAAUCUUUAGUAAACUUAAGGCAUCUUGUGUGCCAGACCUUCUGCUUCUGAACAACAGAGUUGCUGUUGAGGAUAGAGCUGUCCUGCUAGGAAUCUAUGAAACUAAAAAUCUUGUUUCUGGUGAUGAAAUCAGUGACCGAAAGGAUGUUUAGUGAUAGAUGAAGUAAUGUGGAUGCUAGUUAGCUGCAAGUGUCAGUGUAUAGAACCACUUUUUGAAAGGUUUGGGUAGGUAUGAGGGGUUAUAGCUUCCCAUGUUGUCUUUUGUGCCUGUCCAACAGAUGGGUACUGUGCACUUAAAAGGUUAAUUUUCAGCAUUAAUUAAAAGGAGAAAAAGAUCCUACAGGUAAUUUAGGGAACCUUAAAUGGAUAUUAUUGUUAUUAAUUUUAUUAAUUAUAUACUUGCCUCUGAAGUAUUGAAUUUUUGAUGUGUGCUUCUAACAUUUGUUCUUUAAUACUAUGCUCCAAAGUUCAAACAAUACUGAAGGAAGUUUCAGUCCCUUUUUAGGAGGCUAAAAGCAGAAAUAUGAGAGAAAUUACCUUGCUGCUGGUUUGUAUCACUGUGGGAUAUGCAUAGCAUUUUUUUUUCAUUGUUGUAUUUAAUGAAGUUUGUAAAAAAUAACUCCAGCUGGUUACACAUCAACUGUUUUGUAUUACUUACUCUGCUUAUUCAAUUACUGGCUUUUUCAUAUCUGUGUAAGAAAUAAAGUAUCUUGCAGGUGAAUCACCUUUGUGUAACAGAGGCCAUCAUCUUGGGCUUUAUAAGAGACAAACUAUAAUUGUAAAACACUCCAUAAAGUGAAGGUUAAAGAAAAAAAAAUAAGCCAGUUAGAUAAUUAUCCAAGUGCUUAUCUCUUUCUUUUGUUUGAGUUUGGUGAAAACUGCUGUAUUUGGAUGCUGAGUCAAGGAGUAAACUGUCUCUGCUUUUUUUCCCUAUCACUCCAAUCUCCUCUUUUUACCUUUAUUUUGUACAUCUUUCUUGUGAUCAUGAGGCUCUUUUAAUAAAUAAAAAGAGGGAUUUUGUAUAAUCUACUGAAACAAAA